AUGCAUCUGUUGUCGCGGUUCGGCCCACGGGCGACGGCCGCUCUGUUAUUGCUCUCAACGCAAGGAGCGUGCCAGUCCGUAUCUUCGCCAAAUCUCGAUCUAGACUCAUUGGGCCAGGUUACACUCGCGGGCAACUUCGAUGCAAUCCAGGUCUAUUCGGGCCAGCAGGGAGGAUUGGAUAGCAACGGCUCACAAUCGGUAUUGUCACAACUGCCCGGAGGAGCGUUCAAAAUCCUGUCGUCUACGGACGCCAGCAUUGAAGCUGUCUGUCCGCUUGUGCUGCAGGACGGCUCGUUAUCGGGUGUGGUCGUCGGGGGAAAUUUCACCAGUAUCGGCGGUGUGGCAGCAAGGUCUGCUGCGGUAUUAAACACCACUACCCUGGAGGUGAACCCGCUUGAUGGGAUCCAAGGAACGGUCUCGGCUCUGUAUUGCGAUCCAGACAACGGAACCGUUUAUCUGGGUGGCGCUUUUGAGGCUGCAAAUUCAAGCAAUGCUAUCGCUUGGAAAGAUGGCAACUGGUCAACGCUACCAUUUGCCGGCUUCGAUGCUCCAGUGGCCUCGAUCACGAAAGCUCCUAAUGGACAUAUUGUGUUUGGAGGCUCGUUCACUGGCCUUGGCAAUGUGACCACAACAAACUCCCUGAACAAUCGAUCGUCGCAGGUCAUCAACUUGGGCUCGGCCAGUAUUAGCUCGGAAGGAAACUCGACUCAAGCCGGCGUGGGCGAUCCUCGUAACGUGGUCUGUCCGUCCAACAGCUCGACCGCCGACACAACUUUCCUACUCGCUGAUAACACACCGGGUUCGUGGCGUGCGGAUUUUGGAUUUGGUUUUCAACCGACCAAACUCCGCUUGUGGAAUGUAGAUCAGGACGGGCGAGGCACUAAGACAUGGCGCUUCACAGCUCAUCCGAUCAACGGAAUUAUGAAUUUCACCUUCAUCGACCCUGAGACUGGCAACCGCGAACACUGUGAUGCAUCAUGUCCACUUGCUCUGAACACCUCGCAACCCUUUCAAGACUUUGAAUUCGUUAACUUGGUAGGAAUGAACAGCUUUACCAUCAACAUCACGGAUUGGUACGGUGACGGAGGAGGCUUGGCUGGAAUCGAAAUCUUUCAGGGCGAUAUCAUUUCGUAUGCCAUCGAAGGUUUCAAUGAGCCGCAAUGUUUGACGGAUGGCUUGCGCUCACAGUCAACCGCUACCGGCCCGUGGUACGCAACUCCAUCUCGACAAAGCGUAGCCAACUACCUGACAGUCGUCGUCGGCCCCACGACCGUCAACAGUACUUCUAUUGUCUUCGAACCGGAGGUCCAAGCUAGUGGCAACUAUUCGGUUGUUGUGUACACACCAGGCUGCCAACAGGACAGCUCUUGUUCUGCGCGUGCUAUUGUUAACAUCUCUGGCACAUUAACGAGCGAUGGCGGUCAAACAUUCAGUACCUUAAUCUAUCAGACGAAUGAUUUUGACAAGUAUGAUCAAGUGUACCAAGGGCACAUCGACGCCUCCACCUCGAGCUUUCGACCUGCCAUCACCCUCACUCCAUCUGGACUCCAGAAUGAUCAGCUUAUUGUCGCUUCUCGCGUCAAGUUUGGAUUCAUCUCAAGCACCGGAGGUCUCAAUGGCUUAUUCGACUACAACCCAGACAGUCCCUUUGUCAGUAAUGAUUUCUCACAGUCGGCCAUCAACAAUGCUGGAACUAUGUUGCACCCGAAUGCGCAUAUGUCAGCUUUGACGACGCGAGACGACACAAUCUAUGUUGGCGGCCAAUUUUCCGACGAUUCUUUCCAGAACAUCAUGGCCUUCCAUAACAACAAUGUAACUUCGUUGCCGGGUGGUGGUCUCAAUGCCGCUGUUUCGGCUAUGUACAGUCUGGACGACUUUCUGUAUGUUGGAGGAAAUUUCACAAACACCAAUCAGAGCAGUGUUGAUGGUCUAAACAACGUCGCUGCUUAUCAACAUUCCAAAGGCGCAUGGGCUCCACUCUCCGCUGGUUUGAAUGGGCCAGUACAAGCCGUGGUUCCAAUGCUGUUGAACGUCUCCGGGUCGAAUGCAGAGACAGUCAUUGCAUUUAGUGGUUCGUUUGACCAAAUCCAAGCCUCCGGCUCAACUCCGUCUGCACCUGCGAACGGUCUGGCAAUCUGGGUUCCGUCACAACAGGCGUGGCUCCAGAAUCUGGAUAUACAGAAGCAGUCUCUUCAAGGGCAACUCUUCGCGGCAAAUUUUCUGCCCAACAACACUUGGAUCGGAGCUGGUACGAUUCAUUCGCUAGGCUUGGCCAUGAGUGGUGCAGCAGGCAUAAGAUCGGCCUCUGGGGAGAUCUCCCUUCAACAAUUGCCUAUCAACAUUGACUCGAGCUCUUCUCAGACAACUACGAGAAAGCGAGCUAUCACGUCAUCACAGAAUGUGGAUGGUGUGACCAGUAUCGCAUACUACGAUGGCAAUGGACAGAACGUUACCGUCUUUGGAGGUCGCUUUAGCGCAACCGCCACCAACGGGUCUACCAUCGAGAAUCUCAUGUUCCUGAACAGUUCCGACAACAAUUCUGUGAGUGGUCCUCCUGCGGGGCUUGAUUCCAAUUCAUCCAUCGCUACGCUCCUUGUAUCUGGCAACCUUCUUUUCGUCGGAGGUAGACUCUCGGCCCGUUUCGACGACGAUAAUGUUCAAGGCUUAGUACUGUUGGAUAUGACCACCGCCGACUAUCGCACCAUUCAACCGGCCUCUCUCCGUGGUCCGAAUGUGCUAGUCAAUGCUAUUGUCUCUAAAACGGGCACAUCAGCCAUUUAUGUUGGUGGAUCUUUCGAUCAGACGUCUCAAGGCUUGUCCUGUCCCUCGGUAUGCAUGUACGACACGGCCACCAACCAAUGGAAUACAGUCGGCACUGAGCUCGCCGGCACGGUCAUGUCUCUCUUCUGGACAUCUAGCUCGACCCUUCUCGCAACUGGCAACCUCACUGUCGCCGGCAAUCAAACCUCACUGGCAUCGUACAACACCAAGGAACAAGUCUGGACUGCGACCACUCCUCCGGGUGUCCCUGGUGUGGUGACGGCCUUUUGUCCCGCCACUGACAAUGCCGAUCACAUGUGGAUUGCAGGUAUCGCAAACAACGGCUCCACCUUCUUGAUCGAGCUCGAUGGAGACAAUACUCGGCCAGUUCCCAAUGCGUUUGGUAGCGGCACCACCAUCGAAGGUCUUACAAUCAUGCCCUUGUCCAAGAGUCAUGGAUCGUCGCAGUACCUCGACGAUGAUCAAGCGCUGUUGGUCAGCGGCCAACUGAAUUUGACCAACUUUGGCACUGCAGCAGCUGCUCUCUUCAAUGGCACAACAAUGACACCGUUGAUUCUGGCCAGCAAGUCGAAUGGUGACCCUGGCAGCAUCCGUCAAGUUUUUACGUACGAGAACAACAAUCUCAAGUCAAGUCGCAGAUUCGGGCACUCCAAAGGCAUUGCGGUCUUAGUUGCGUUGUGCGCAGCAUUAGGUACAAUUUUCCUCAUAAUCUUAAUCGGCAUAAUCCUCAAUCGCAUUCAACGGCGGCGGGCUGGUUACAAGACGGUGCCCAGCGUUCCGUAUGCGGAUAAGAAUUCGAAUAUUCACCGGGUACCACCUGAAGCACUUUUUGGCAGCAUGGGAAACAAGCCCACUGUGCCUAAAGUGUGA